GAAGAGUGCCGUCCUGCCUGGGCCACAACACAAUGAGGUCGCUCCGCUUCAUUGCUGCAGGAGCCCUGGUGUCCAACCCACAGCUGGCCCUGCAGUGCCUGGAUAGUGUGGCCCACAAUCUCUACCCACUCCUGUUCAAAGCAAGCUAUCUGCUGGAGCAGGUAGAGGUGAUCCGUGCUGUGUUGGGGUGCUGGCCCCUGGUGGAGUUCCGGCUGGGUGCGCUGUUGGGGCCGAACACUGACCACCCUGAGGACCUGUGUGACCGGGCCUGCAGGGCCUGCCUGGAGGCCUGCCUUCAAGGCCUUGUGGACCAUGUGCUGCAAGAUAGGAGACACCAGCUGGUGGUGGCUGACCUCACAGGCAUCCGCGAUGUGCAAGUGCAGCAGUGCCCCUGCGGGAGGGCGCUUGGCAAGUGGGGCCGCACCCAGCUGCUGGCCAAGGCCUGCUGUGCCCUGCACGCAGAGCCCCUUGUGGCUGGGCACCCUGUUGAGGUUCUUGCUGACCUCUUCAUCACAGAGGGCAACUUUGAGUUGGUGGUACAGGCCCUGAGGCCAGCAGGUCAGGCCCCUCUGCGGGUACACUGCCCCUCGCUCCGUGUGGACAGCCUGAGUCCCAGCCAACUCCUGUGGGUGGUACGCCUGGUUGGGCCCAGCACACUGCACAAGCUUGCUGUGGUGCACAAUGUGCGUCUGCAUGCUGGCCACGUAUGGGAGCUGCUGCAGCUGGGCAUGCCACAGCUGGUCUCGCUCACCUUGCCCACCAAGGCCUUCGACAUGGCUCCUGCCUAUGCCUCCACUCCUGAUGGUGAAGAUGCCCUCCUGGCCUCCAUUGCCAGGGAGCUCAGCCAGAUGAGCCAGCUCACUGAGCUGGGCAUGGCCUUCUCCAGGUUGACUGGGAAAGUCCAGAAGCUGCUCAGCCCCCUGAGGACCCCACUUCGAGCGCUGGACCUGGCCAACUGUGCCCUGAACCAUGCAGAUAUGGCCUUCUUGGCAGACUGUGUCCAUGCCACCCACCUGGAGGUGCUGGACCUUAGUGGACACAACCUGGCCAACCUGUACCCUGCCACUUUCUUCAGGCUACUCAUCCAGGCUGCCCAGACGCUGAGGGUCUUGACCCUGGAGGAGUGUGGGUUCACAGACAGCCACACCAGCAUACUGAUCCUGGGCCUUAGCCCCUGCCACCAGCUCCAGGAGCUCAAGUUCCUUGGGAACCCACUAUCAGCCCAGGCCCUCAGGCGCCUCUUCACUGCUCUCUGUGAGCUCCCCAAGCUGCGGUAUGUCGAGUUCCCUGUGCCCAAGGACUGUUACCCCGAGGGGGCUCCCUAUCCCCAGGAUGAGCUGGCCAUGUCCAAGUUCGACCAGCAGAAAUAUGACGCAAUUGCCCAGGAGCUGCAUGCUGUGCUGCUGCAGGCAGACCGGGAGGAUAUCCAGGUCUCCACACCUCUCUUUGGAAGUUUUGACCCAGACAUUCAAGAAACAAGCAAUGAACUGAGCGUAUUAUUGCUCCAAGCUUUCAAAACUGCUCUAGAACACUUUUCCAGAGCACUCACACAAGUGGAGUAGGGCCUCAAAUCAUGCUGAAAGGUUUUGCAUUUCAACCUGCAGGUGCCUAGGCCAUCAGUUCUCAUUCAAAGUGGCCCCAGCGUUCACCCCAUAACUGCUAUCAAAGUAUUUUUUUUUGAGACAAGAGUCUCACUCUGUUGCCCACGCUGGAGUGCAGUUGUAUCAUCAGAGCUGACUGCAACUCAGACUCCUGGGUUAAAACAGUCCUCCUGCCUUAGCCUCCUGAGUAGCUACUACAGGCACCCACCAUAACACACAGCUAAUUUUUCUAUUUUUAGUAGACACAGGGUCUCACUUGCUCAGGCUGGUCUAGAACUCCUAAGCUCAGGUGAUUAUUCUAAUUAGCACCUGAGAAAGACACAUCUGGACUUGGUUCCCACCAAGAUUGACUAUGUGCAGCGAAAGGGGUGAGUAAAAGAAUGAUUAAAUGCUGAUAAAACAAAGUAUAAUUUACUCAGAUGCAGUGCUUGUUUCAGGGCAAUUCGGAAUUUUAGAAAAGAUCUAAGAGUCUAGAAGUAAAAUAUAUUCUCAAGACACAGGUGAGUGCUUGAUGUGGUUCAACCCUCAUAAUAUGCUGAACUGUAACUGUUCCCCAAGAG